AUGGCUGGGUCAGGCAGAGGAAGAGGACGCUCUUCAUUUACCUUUAACAUUGAAGCCAUUGGCUUUGCCAAAGGUGCAGCUCUACCUGCUGACACAUGUGAGCCUCCACCAACAUUUCCUAGUACAGAAAACAAGGCAGUGCCUCUGAAAACAGGAGAAGCUGAAGAUUACAUGUUGGCCUUAAAACAAGAUUUUAGAGCAACUAUGAAAAGAAUGCCAUAUUUUUUGGCAGUGGAAGAGGAAUGUGAAGUAAUUGAGAGGUACAGUAAAAAGUACCAGGACAGUGAAAAGAAGCAUGCAACAUGGACCCCAGAUUGGAGAAGACUCCCAAGAGAGUUAAAGCCAAAGGAAAAGACCAAAAAAGCAGGUGGCAAACCAAAGAAGGCAAAAAGCUCCAGUCGUAAGAGUAAUGUGGAUGUCUUGAAAAAAAUUGAGGAGUUGGAAAAGAAGGAUGAUGAAGAAGAAAAAUCUGAAGAUGAGAAAGAUGAAACUAAAGACAAAAAUGGUGAAGACGGUGAAGAUGAUGAAGCAGCAGAGAAGUCAGAGGAAUCUGACGAAGAGGAGAAUGAAGAGGAAAAUGAUUACAUUUCCUCAUACUUUGAAGAUGGAGAUGACUUUGGUGCUAGCAGUGAUGACAAUAUGGAUGAAGCAACAUACUAG